AUGGUGGGCAUGAUUGACAUUGUGUUCAUUUUAGCUACAAUGAACCGGUACACAGAGUCGAAAGAGAGGAUACUACCCGGUUACGUUCCAAAACUGAGCUGUACCAAAUACAAACCAGACGUAAACCGGAUCAAGAACCAAUUAAACGUUUUUGCAGGUUUUUCUCCAAAAGUGGCCGCCGAUUCAUUCUCUUCUGCUCCUUUUAGCUUAUCGCACAUUUCAUUUCUAAUGCUCUCUCUGAUUCUCCAUGGAAGAAAGUCUCUGUCUCUUCAGAGAUGUCGUAACUUGCGAGUUGCAUUGAACCCUCUUCAAGAUUUCUCCACUGCAAGUGCUGCUGCAGAUACAGAUACAGAUACAGAUACGACCCUUCAAGAUGGUCGUAAAGGUACGAACUUUACUGCCUCUUACCUCGUAACAUCACUGGGUUUCACCACAAAACUCGCGGAAUCAAUCUCAAAGAAAGUCAGUUUCGAGAAAAAGUGUAAUCUUGAAUCCGUUCUGAGUCUUCUUAGAAGUUUCAAGUUCACAGAUUCUCAGAUCUCCAACAUCAUUAGGACAUACCCACAAGUUCUUACAGCAGAUUCUCUUGGUCCAAAGCUUAAGUUUUUAAAAUCAAAAGGAGCUUCAACCUCUGAGCUCACCGAGAUUGUUUCCAAAGUCCCCAAGAUCUUGAGAAUCAAAAAUGACAAAACUUUAGUCAGAUACUAUGAUUUCGUCAAAGAGAUUUUACAAGCCGACAAGAGCUCCAACUUCGAAGUUUCGUUAUUACCAAACGGUCCUAACAAAAUCAGAAACGUUUUAGCUUUGAGACAGUUAGGCAUGCCUCAGGAACUCUUGUUCCCUUUGCUCAUCUCUGAGCACGGGGCUGUACAUGGGAAAGAAAGAUUCCAAGAGUCUCUCAAGAAGGUUCUUGAGAUGGGUUUUGAUCCCACAACCGCAAAGUUUGUGCAAGCUCUCCGCAUGGUUUACCAGAUGAGUGAGAAGACGAUAGAGGAGAGAGUUAAUGUGUACAAAAGGUUAGGGUUGAGUGCACAAGAUGUAUCGGAGAUGUUCAAGAAAUGGCCUACUUUUAUGACUAACUCCGAGAAGAAGAUAACUCAGACUUUUGAGACGUUUAGAAAGUGUGGACUAGUGGAAGAAGAGAUCCUCGUAGCGUUCAAGAAGUUUCCGCAGUGCAUUGGUGCUUCGGAGCAUAACUGCGUUGAAACUUUUCUAGGGUUGGGGUUUAGUAAAGAUGAGGUGGCUGUGAUUUUCAAGAGGUUACCUCAUUGCAUUGGGUAUUCUGCUGAGACGGUUAAGAAGAAGACUGAGUUUCUUGUGAAGGAGAUGAAGUGGCCGUUGAAGGGGGUUGUUUCGUACCCUGCUGUGCUUGGAAUGAGUAUGGAGAAGAGGAUUGUGCCAAGGUGUAAUGUGAUCAAGACUCUUAUGUGUAAAGGUUUGUUAGGAAGUGAGCCACCUCCGAUUGGGUCUGCGUUGGCGUGUACGGAUGAGUUGUUUUUGAAAAGGUAUGUGAGGAAGCAUGAUGAUGACAAGGAGCUUGUGGAUGAGCUGAUGGCUAUCUUAAGAGGGUGUCGUGCCUCAUAG